AUGGAUUCUUUCGUUAAGGCAAACCAGCAUCAUAUAGUGAAAGCGUAUUCGGACUUGCCUGCAACCGAGCAGGAAAAGUUUCAUGCGCAACUCGAUAGAAUUGACGAUCCGGUGAAUCUAGUGAAAACAGUUCAGAACGCGAUCAAAUUUUCUGCCAGCGCUGCCUCAAAGAAGUUUGGCCAGCUCCCUGCUUCAUCACUGGCGUCUUCCAUCGACCAAGAUGCUUCGCAGCUAGAGAAAUGGUGUGAAUCCGGCCUUGAUGCCAUUUCCCGUAAUGAAGUGGCUGUUUUACUUUUAGCUGGCGGCCAGGGCACACGUUUGGGUUCCCUGGCACCUAAAGGAUGCUAUGACAUUGGAUUGCCCUCGAAGAAAUCGUUGUUUGAGAUCCAGGCCGAUAAGAUCCGUAAGAUCCAACAGUUGGCGGUUGCGAAAAAUGGCCAAAACUCUGAAUGCACAAUCCAGUGGUAUAUCAUGACUUCUGGUCCUACUCGCGGACCUACUGAGCAGUUUUUUAAAGAAAAAGAUUACUUUGGAUUGAAGCUGCUGCAGAUCACCUUUUUUAACCAGGGUACUUUGCCAUGUUUCAGCUUGGACGGUAGCAAGAUUCUCUUGGAAUCAAAGUCUUCUAUUUGCGAAGCACCCGAUGGCAAUGGUGGAUUGUACAAAGCCCUUCACAAGGAGGGAAUUUUGCGUGACAUCAAAGCGAAGGGGAUCAAACAUAUCCAUAUGUAUUGCGUUGACAAUUGUCUCGUGAAGGUUGCUGAUCCAGUGUUUUUGGGCUUCGCCAUCGAUAGAAACUUUGACUUGGCCACGAAAGUUGUGCGUAAAAGAGACGCUAACGAGUCUGUGGGUCUUAUUGUAUUGGAUGAAAAUGCCAAUCGUCCCUGUGUUAUCGAGUACAGUGAAAUUCCACAGACAUUGGCACGAAAAAACAGACCCUGA